UCCACCCCCUGAUUUCCCCUCUCCAUAGCCGCCAUUAUUAGCUCUCCCUCCCUCCCUCCCUCCCUAUCUAUUAAAAAUCUCUUCUUUAAACAAUCCUACAACUUCUAUUCUUUCUCGUAGUUACUAACUUACUACAAUGUGUAGAACCACAGCCUUUCAUGGGUUGCAAUCAAGAGCCCUGCAAAAUCACUUAAAGAUCAAAUCUUUUUACGUCCGCCUCACUGGUUUCGAGCCCGGUAACAAACCAGUAACCGAGUCACUCACUCUUGUUUAUCUUCCUCGUGCUCAUGAUCUUGUCGUUGAUGGGUCCAAGAUUCGACCCGAGUCUAAAGCGUUCUUGGGUCUUUAUAGGAUUGUUGAUGUCGAUAAUAAGGAAGACGAUGGAGGGGUUAUGUUCGGGUCAAGAGAGCGGGUUCGGGUCAAUGAAGGGGUUCGGUUUGAGGUUUAUUUAAGAGAAGAGAGGGUGUUAGAGGGGAGUUUUAGAAGAGAAGCUGACACGGAAAAGUGGAAGUUGGAGUGUUGUGGUGGCGGCAGUGAGGUCAGGGCGGUGGAGGUUUGUGUGGCGGUGGAGGGACACGUGGCGUUGGUUAAGAAGGUGAUGGAGAGGAGAAAGAAGAGUAGAAGAGGGUGUGAUAGGCUGGAGGUGAUUCCAGAGGAGAGGGAGGUUGUUGAGGAUGAACCGGACGGUGGAUGUUGUUGUAGUGAUGGCGAGGGGAGGCGGACGUACGGUGGAGAUUUGGAAGAGUGGUGCGGGCCAGACUGUGAGAAGGUCGAGAUGGAAUUGGAGGGUGUUAGAUGGGCUAUUGACGUUGGUGUCUGGGUCGUGUGUUUGGGUGUGGGUUUCAUGGUUUCUAGAGCUUCUGCCAAGAGCUUGAGAAGAUUGCUUUGAAAAGGAUAUUUUUGUUCAUCUUGUGUAAUCAAUUUUAACUCGUCACCAAACCUAAAUCAUGGAAUCUUUUCCUUGAAUCUUGUAAUCUUUAGCCAUUUGACUAUCAUCAUGAUGUUACCUAAAUUGAUGUUGAGAUUUCUACCCCAAUUUCACUA